AACCCUGAAGUUGUUGUAACAGUUGGAUCAAAACAAUUCGUUUUUGUUUAAGAAAAAAAAUAGAAAAGAACAUUUUUGACAGUACGAGUGAUACUAAAUAUUUUAGAGUCACUGUAGAUGUACCUUUUUUUAUCGUCUAAAUUAGUUAAUCUCUUUGACACUCAAUAAUGAAUUGUUGACGAGCAUUCUCCGAUCCGAGACACUCAACUCUCAAGUCUGAAGAUACUCGCUACUCAGAGUUGAAUUGUUGACGAGCAUUCUCCGAUCCAGAAUCGAUGGAUUUGGAAAUGGAGGUUGAAGUUGGAAGGGAAAUUUGGAGCAAAAGCUUCAAGUGUGCAAGGAAAUGCAUUAAAGAUAGUUGCUAAGCCUGAAUUUCAGGCUAAGCUAAAAUUCAGACAGAGAGCAAAAGAUUCAAGCCUGGCUAAGCAAGAACUGGUGGCUGAGGAAGAGUUCUGUUGUGUUCAUUUGAGAUCUGUGUACUUUGGCUAAGCCAAAGUUUAUGGCUAACCACUGAUUAAAAAAAAAAUUAUGGCUAAGCGAAGAUUAUUGCCAAAAAUGGAAAAUUUUCUGAUAUAUUUAAAGUGGAUGUCUAUUUAGUAUACAUUAUCUCUCCAUAUUUUUCUCUUGUACGGAGGCAUGAAGUUCCCACUAUUCCUUUGGAGAGAAGUUUUUCCCUUGGCUCCUCCUCUCCAUUUCUCUUCCACCUUUCAUGUAUUUUGGAGUUACUCAUGGCUAUGAGUAGCUAAGUUCCUCCAUUGUUGGGGUUAGAUGUAACCUUACUCAAACUCUCUUGUACCCCUUGGUAUAUAUAUAUUCAGUUGUUUGUGUUUAAUGUUAGUAUUUUGUUUCUUUGUUUAAUGCUUGUUGUGGAAUGGCCAAGCAUGACAUGAUUUUAGGACAUGACUGUUGUUGGAAAAUGCCUUCAUUGUCUAGAGCUGAAACAAAAUACUCAAUGAAUUUGAUGUCUAGGAAUGGAGCUUAGUUCAUUGGUUAUCUUGUGUCACUAAGCUUAAAGCUAGUUCCUUUCUUAAGUUGUUGAGGGAUCAAGACUUAAUAAAGAAACUAAGACUCUUUUCAUCUAAGGGAUUAGAGCUAAGAAGGCAUUUAUUGACUGAUUUUAACAUUGAAAUGCAAAUGGAAUAUGUAUUGCACGUUAAAGCUAGAAGAGAGUAGAGUUUGGUGAAGUUUAACUGCGGCAAUACCUUUGUUAUCGGUUAAAUCUUCUAUUUUCAACUUUGUUUUUAUUAUAAAACCACAAAAAGAUCAUUUUAACCUUGCUUAUGCACUUGUUCUGUUUUAAUCUUUACAAAAUCGACUAAAGUUAGUGUUUUUAGCGCUUUCUUGUGAUAUUCGUUAGCUUAAGUUGAUAUUUACAUGAAAAUUGCUAAUAUUGCGCAAGUCUCUAAGGAAACGAUACUUGAAUUUUCCAUUUUACUACUUGUACAAUUUGGUACACUUGCCAAAGAGAUAACAUAGGAGAGGAAAUAACUUGUAAUAAAUAAUGGAAACAAAGAAGAAAUUUUGGGCUUUGACAGCUGACACAAAUUAGAAACUAAGCUGAAAGAUUCUCUUAAAUAACAUCACCUUCCUUCUGAAAAUGGGAAAACCCUGAGACGAGAAGUCUGAAGCAACCAAUUGACAUAUCAGCAGCAGCACAAUAGGCAAUUCUAAACAGAGAAAUCAAAUGAACACCCUGAAUGGUUACCUGAUGACUGGAAUGUGGACUUCAGAACUCGAAAAAGUGGUGCAAAUAUGGGUCAUGGGUAUAAGUGUUACAUUGCUCCAAGUGGACACAAAUUCUACUCCAAACCAGAGGUGUUACGAUAUCUCGAUACUGUAAACAUAAACAGCAACAGCCACACUUCCAAGAAGGAAAAGAUAUGCAAAAGCAAUGAUACAGUUGAGAAGUCCACCAUAGAGGAUUUACCACCUGGUCAGAUUAAAGAAGUCAAGAUUAGGAAGGGCAGUAACGACAACAGGGUAGAUCCAGAUGUGGUUGAGAAGUCUCCAGUGGAGGAUUUACCACCUGGGUGGAUAACAGAAGCCAAGGUUAGGAAGGGUGAUACUGGCAAUAGGAAAGAUAUGUUUUAUAUAGAUCCAGUGAGUGGAUAUGUAUUUCGCUCCAAGAAGGAUGCACUGCGCUAUGUUAAGUCUGGAGAUAUAAGUACGUGUGUACUUAAACCAUAUAAAAAACUAAUCCAAGAUGAAGACAAAAUAACUGUAAGGAUUCUCUGCUUAAUAUGAAUUACUUUCUUACAGUGGUAGCUUUUAUUAAGUAUGUUUAAUUUCCAUUUGUUCUAACUGUUAACUGUUAGAAGAUUAAUAAAAAAAAAAACUGUCAAUCACAUUGGAUUUAAGACUUGUUUUGGAUACAAUCUAAAGAAUCUAUUCCCCUGCAAAAAUAAAUAAGUUUGAGUUCUUUUAAAAAUUGUGAUAACUACAUUUUUUAUUGCAAUUUCAAUUUCUAUAUUCAAUUUAACAUGUGCUGUACAUGGCUAUUACGCUUGCAGUUUCUAUACUAUCUUUAAGUGGGUUAUCAUUCUGUUGAUAUGUAAUGGAUACUGGUUAAGAAUACAGAGAUUAACUGAAAGAAGGGAAAUUUUGUUAAAGUUCCUCCUCCAACUCUGGAUCAUUGGUAUCCAUUCCAGGGUCAACAAGAGCAAGAAUGAUAAAAAUGAUGUCUUCCCUAGGAAUUUGAGAGCUUACUCUCUCCCACCCAAAACAAUAUGACUACCUAACUAGCUUCCCUUACAUUCUCUACCUUUAUUUACAGCAAGCUAACUAUUAGAACGUGGGUUUGGGUCUAACUCAACCCCAAAAUCUAACUCAUAAGAUAAGAGUUGUGCUCCACUUAUAUACUCUAUUUUGAUCUUAUCUCUAGCCGAUGUGUGACCUUAGUUUUUCUCAACACUAACUGAUUAACCAAACUAACAGCUUUCCCAACACUUCCCUACUAUCAGGGUUAUAAAAAAAAUAUGAUUUGAGUCCAAGUUCGGCCGAAAGGAAUUAACCAUGAACUGGGCCUAAAAGAAGUCGUUUGUGAGUUUGGCGAGGGGGAAUGACCACAAGCCUGACCAUAAAAGCUCGGCCCAAAGGAGUCAACCACAAGUCUAGACAACCACCCCCCCUGAUGAUGAAAUAUGAUGUGAUACAAGCAAUAAACUAAGUGCAAACUGUAUUAAUAUAUAGUCUCCCUUCCACGCCAAAAAAGCAUCCUCGUUCUCAUUCAUUGAAUUCAAAGUUCCAAACAUCUAGAGACAAUUGUAACCCUAAGCAAUCCACACUAGUCUUCUUGAACCCUUAUGAUAGAUACCUAUCAUUAAAAAAAAAGUUAAUUCGAAAAUGAUAUACCCCAACCAUAGCCAAACAUCAUAAAUUGGUAAUCGCUCCAAGAGCAAAUGAGGACAAUAUUGCAAUUUUCACCAUCUUUGAGCCCACGUCUCGAGCCCAUUCAUUUGAUUCGGACAGACACCAUGCGAGGUCAUGUGUUUUUAGGGUAUCAUCCAACAAUGAAAGAAUUGUCCCGUUCAAAAUAAUAUAUAAUAUUGUUUGGUAGUUACUUCUAUUA